AUGUUUUUGUUUUCGGAAACAAAAAUACCGUUUGAAAUGAAAAAAAAGGGUCGCUAAAAAAAUCCAAGACAUCCGAUACGAUUGCGUGUAAUAAUUCUAAUAAUUCUAUACAAUAUAGUUCUAUUCCUUUGUGUUAACAGUGUUAACACACAUCAAAUUAAAAUACAGCGGUUGAUACGGUUACACGUGCUCGAUACAGAAUGCCGCACCAACAUCGAAAAACACGCAACUUUCAAUUUUCAUUUGCAUGGUUGGGUCACAAAAUAAACAACAAAUUUGAAACCAAAAAUUAUGAGAAAUAGCAUAUAUUGCACAAAACAAAACAAACAUUGUUAAACUCUGUAUUGGAACUUACUGUAUAAGAUAAAAUCAGAAGAACCGUCAGAUAAAAUUAAAACUCCAUCGAAAAAAAAAACGAAAAAAUGGCAACAGCAACAAACUCAGAUGCGUCAAAUAAAAAUGCAGCCACAUCAACGAUAUCGAGAAAUAUUGGUACAAGUAAAGAGAUUAAAAGUGCCAUUCCGAGAGAAAGAGAGAAGAUGUUAAAAUGGAAUGGUUGGGGCUAUAAUGACUCAAAGUUCGCGGUGACCAAUGAUUUUAUGAUUUAUUUCUCAGGCGAUCGUUAUCCCAUCGGUAAUUUGAUAUUACCAUAUUUCAAACAAUGGGUGCAACAAAUUUUCAAUUUGGAUUUUACAUCGAGACGUGUUCCAAAACCAAUGCCCACCGUUUACCCCGAUCCAAUUCUAUGUGAUGCAUUCAUGAACGAUAUAAGUGGACAGAUUUUAUAUUCGAUAAAAGGUAUUGAUCGAUUAAUUCGAUCGCAUGGUCAGACAUUAUACGAAAUUCAUAAUUUGAGAGAGGGCAUCAUAAAACGCAUUCCGGAUGUGGUUGUUUGGCCAAAAUCCCAUGAUGAUGUUGUGAAAAUUGUGAAUGCAGCAAAUUCGAGAAAUGUGACAAUAAUACCAUUUGGUGGUGGAACAUCGGUAUCGGGUUCAGUGACAUGUCCACAAAAUGAAAAACGUUCCAUCGUUGCAUUGGAUACAUCGCAAAUGAAUCGAAUGUUAUGGUUGGAUCGACCAAAUAUGACAGCUUGUUUUGAAGCCGGUAUCAUUGGACAAGAUUUAGAGCGUGAAUUGAAAGCAAUUGGUUUAACCGUUGGACACGAGCCAGAUAGUUAUGAAUUUUCAUCGCUUGGCGGUUGGGUGGCAACGAGAGCCUCCGGCAUGAAAAAGAAUGUUUACGGCAAUAUUGAAGAUUUGGUGGUACAACUGAAAAUGGUUACAACAAAAGGUGUUCUUGAACGAAAAUGCUUAGCACCACGAUUGUCAUGCGGUCCAGACUUUAAUCAAAUUAUUCUUGGGUCAGAGGGUACAUUGGGUGUUGUCACCGAAGUUGUGCUUAAGGUUAGCAAAAUGCCAACAGUUCGAGCGUAUGGGUCAUUGAUAUUUCCAUACUUUGAUUGUGGUGUCAAGUGUUUGCGUGAAGUGGCCGCACGUAAAUGUCAACCGUCAAGUAUUCGCCUGAUUGACAAUGAUCAAUUCAAAUUCGGUCAAGCACUAAAACCGAAGGCAACGUUCUUCAGCAGUGUAAUUGAAGGCAUGAAAAAAGCCUAUAUUACAAAAUUGAAGGGAUUCGAUUUAAAUAAAAUGUGCGUUGCAACACUUCUGUUUGAAGGCGAUGACAAGGAUGUGAAACGGCAACAAAAAUUAAUCAACGAAAUUGCCGAGAAAUACGGUGGCAUUCCAGCUGGUGCGGUUAACGGUGAAAGAGGCUACGUACUUACAUUUGUGAUCGCAUACAUUCGGGACCUGGCAUUAGAAUUUUAUAUUGUAGCCGAAUCAUUUGAGACGUCCGUCCCAUGGGAUAAAUGUGCACAACUGUGUCGAAAUACAAAACUGAGUGUUUCGAAGGAAUGUGAAAAGCUUGGUGUAAAAUAUUAUCUCAUAUCAUGUCGAGUGACGCAAACCUAUGAUGCGGGUGCCUGUGUUUAUUUCUAUUUUGGUUUUAACUAUUACGAAAUCAAGGAUCCGGUUGAGACCUAUGAGCACAUUGAGUCAGUUGCUCGAACGGAAAUUCUUCUGAAUGGUGGUUCAAUUUCCCAUCAUCAUGGUGUUGGAAAAUUGCGUAGCAGAUGGUAUCCGCAAAGUGUGAGCGAUGUUGGUGUUAAACUAUAUAAAUCAGCCAAACAAGAGUUGGAUCCAAAGAAUAUAUUUGCGGCCGGUAAUUUAUUACCCGAUUCCACCGAUGAACAUAUACAUGUGCACAAACCACAAUCAAAAUUGUAAAUGCUUCAAUUCCAACAACGACUUAAUUUGACAAAAAUUCAUUCGUCCAUUUGGCUUUGUUUCUGGUUAAUUCAUUUAUCUCGAUAAGUUAGUUGAUAAAUUAUUACUAUUUCCAAGCAGAGAGACUAAUACAAAGUUACCAAUAACCGAAUGUUUAGGGCAAUAUGUUUUCUUUUAUUUGCAUCCAUUCUUUUUUCCAGUGGAUCAUUUCGAUAAGUCUUAUGUUCUAGGGAAUUUUUACCAUGGAAACUGUAUUAUUAUUAUUUUUUUAGAUUUUAAUGAUUCUUAAAAAUAAAAGCCAAAUGAAAUAUGAA